AUGGAGCUCUCAAAAGGAGAAGGAGAAGGAGAACCAAUUAACGAUCAAUUUGAAGAUAAUCCAUUUUUAUUAAACUUACAACCAUCAUCAUCAUCAUCAUCAUCAUCAAAUGACAUGGUUGAAGAUGAUAAAAAAGAAGAACAAGAAUGUAAUCAUGGUGAAAAGGAUAAACAUGUCGAACAAAAAUCCUCAUUAUCAAUGACACCAACAUAUAUAAUACAACCACAACAACAAAAUGAAUGGCCAGAGGUAGAAUCGAUAGCAGAUAGAAUAUCAAGAGAAAGAGAGGAAAUGGUUAGAGCUAGCUUGGUAGAAGAUCUAGUAGUAUCUGUUCGUUACAUUAUAUAUACAUUGUUAAUGAAUCAAGAUACAAAUACAUUAACAUCAAAUAGUUUUGGUGUUGAUCGUCUAUGCAUGUCUAUUGAAAGAAUACUAUGUCAUCAAUUGAAUUCAAGUAUAACAUUAUGGAAAGUGAUAGUAAUGGUUGAACAAGAACAAAGUAGAUUGGAAAGAUGUUUAAAAGAUGUUGGUGAAUUUAGAGAUAUUCAACAAUCAAGAUCAUUGUUUAGUGAAAGAGGAAGAUAUAGAUCAUACAUUAGAUCGGUACUGAAUCAUGGAAAGUUAUCACUAUUCUUGACUAAUCUAACUACAUUGGCUGUAUUGGAAAAGACUGUCGGUACGGCGAUGGGAUUUCAAACCUAUGGAUUGGAGUCUAUCAUUCACCAUAAACCAUCGAUUGAUUCUGUUAUAUCAUUGUUUAAACAGAUUGAUGAUAUUAAAUUCUCAUUAACUUUAAAUUCAAUGGAAUUGGAAUUGAUAAUAGAUCAAUCUAGUAACAACAGUAACAAUAAUAAUAAUAAUAAUAAUAAUAACAAAGAAGAAGAUAUAAGGAAAAUAUUGUAUAAAAUGGAUGAUUUAAAUGUAAAUAAUAAUAAUAUUAAUAUUAAUAAUAAGAAAAUAGAACAACAACUUGAUAAAAAGAUAGAGGGAGAACCAACAGACGAAGAAUUAAUUGCACAAUUUGAUCAAAAUUAUGAAGAUUUGGAAGGUAUAGAAUCACUCAAAUCAAAUAUUACAAAUAUAUCAAAUAAUAUCAUUUCACUUGGAAUUAAAUCAAAUAAUAAUAAUCCAAAUAAUAAUAAUAAUAAUGAAACCAAUAUAAUGAAUAAUCUCAGUCGGGAUAAAAAAAAUUGGUUCAUCAAAUCAAUCACGUCCAACCAAAUGACUGUUGAACAGGCAAUGGAGAAUAUUACAAAAACUACAUUUGAUGACAAUCUCGAAUCAUCAUCAUCAUCAUUAAUGACAACAACAACAACAUCAAUACCAAAUAAUAACAAUGAUGAUUCAUCACAACCAAUAAUGUUAGACGAUCACAAUGAACCACUAGAAGAUACAACAACACCAAAAAAGAAAAAGAAAAUAAUAAUAGUCAAAAAGAAAGUAGUAAAGGAAAAGAAGGCAGUCCCCGAAAGAAUAAUAAACUUUAAUUAA